GCUGUCAUUUCGACAGUCGUUAAUUCGCAUUGUACGCUGGUAGACGAUUCUUUGUGCAGCUAAGCCGAUUUGUUUUAACCCAGUAAUCCCUCGGGCUACACGCGAUUAAUUGGUCAAUUUUUAUUGAGUGCACUGAGUGCUGUCGUCUAUAACUGCAUAAAAAAAAAACAGUAAAGCUCCUGCGCAAUCGUUGGUUGACAACCAAGUCGCGAAAGUUCAAGCACUAGGCAGCGUAGUUGACUUCGCAUUAUACAAUAUUUAUUUAAUAUUUAUUAGUUUUUAUAUCACUGCGGCUGUGCCUUGGCAUUUCAUUGUGAAAAUCAGAAGACAAAAAAAAACAGAAAACGCUGAAUAAGUAUCAAAUUCGCACAAAACGUGUUUUUGGUUGCAAUUAACGUCUGCUUAAGCUGCCGCCGCUACAGUGAUCCGUGUGUCGCUGCUCGAGCAGGCCUUGUAAGUGUGUUAGAUACGACGAGCGAAUAAUUGCGUCUUGCAGCAAAAUUGGUGGAAAGCGUUUAUAAACAAUUUAAGUAUAAACUAAAACGCUUUUAAGUGAAGAAGAAAAUAUUAAUUGCCGCAAUCAUGGCCACUAAAAACUUAAGCAAUGGCAACAGUAACAAUCAUGAAGAAGAAACCGCACUUGAGCACAUCAUCAAAUCACUGGAGACACCGACAAUGAAAUGCGAGGGUACACACUUCGAUUCUCAAGUGCCACACACAUUUGUCAUCUUUGGCGCUUCGGGCGACUUGGCCAAGAAGAAAAUCUAUCCAACUUUGUGGUGGCUAUUCCGUGACAAUUUGCUGCCGAAACCAACUAAAUUUUGCGGUUAUGCACGUUCAAAGCUUAGUGUGGCGGAGUUGCGGGCGAAAUGUCAUCAAUAUAUGAAGGUGCAGCCACACGAGCAGGCAAAGUAUGAAGAGUUCUGGCAAUUGAAUUCAUAUCAGGCGGGUAGCUAUGAUCAGCGUGCAGAUUUCGUUGCCUUCAGGGACCAUUUGGAUCGUUUAGACUGCAGUUGUAGUUGUAAUCGCCUAUUUUACUUAGCUUUGCCGCCAUCGGUUUUCGAGCAAGUUACAGUGAAUAUCAAAGAGAUUUGCCUUUCACAAAGUGGCUGGAACCGCGUUAUCAUCGAAAAGCCCUUCGGCCGUGACGAUGUCUCAUCGAAGAAGUUGAGCGACCAUCUCGCUUCGCUCUUUCUCGAAGAACAGCUCUACCGCAUCGAUCACUAUCUGGGUAAGGAGAUGGUGCAAAAUCUCAUGACCAUUCGGUUUGCGAAUAAAAUUCUCAACUCGACGUGGAAUCGCGAGAAUAUCGCGUCGGUAGUCAUCACAUUCAAGGAACCCUUUGGCACACAGGGGCGUGGCGGUUACUUUGAUGAGUUUGGCAUUAUAAGAGACGUCAUGCAAAAUCACCUACUACAAAUACUAUCGCUGGUUGCCAUGGAGAAACCAUGUUCCUGCCAACCUGACGAUAUACGUGACGAAAAGGUCAAGGUGCUGAAAAGCAUAGCACCGCUUACUUUGGACGAUAUGGUCUUGGGCCAAUAUGUGGGCAAUCCCGAAGGUAAAGGUGAAGCGCGCGAAGGUUACCUUGACGAUCCGACCGUCUCGAAAGAUUCCAAUACGCCCACCUACGCAGUGGGUGCGCUCCACAUUAACAACGAACGCUGGGAGGGUGUCCCCUUUAUACUGCGCUGCGGCAAGGCGCUAAACGAACGCAAAGCCGAAGUGCGCAUACAGUACCGCGAUGUGCCUGGUGAUAUCUUUGAGGGCAAUAGCAAGCGUAAUGAGCUUGUCAUACGCGUGCAGCCCGGUGAAGCGCUCUAUUUCAAAAUGAUGACGAAGAGCCCCGGCAUUACAUUCGAUAUUGAGGAGACGGAGCUGGAUUUGACCUAUGAACACCGCUACAAGGACUCUUAUCUGCCAGACGCGUACGAACGUCUGAUUUUGGAUGUCUUCUGUGGCUCGCAAAUGCAUUUCGUGCGUACUGAUGAGUUGCGCGAAGCGUGGCGUAUCUUCACGCCUGUACUGCAUGAGAUCGAAAGGAGCAAAGUGAAACCCAUUCCAUACGUGUUCGGUUCGCGUGGUCCCAAGGAAGCCGAUCUGAUGAAGGCGGAGAAUAAUUUCAAAUACUAUGGCUCGUACAAGUGGCAUGGAAAGAAGUAGGUGCAGAAGUGAAGAUGGUUCGACGGUUUCGAUGAAAUAUAUACAUAUGUACGUACAUACUUGAAUAUGUGUGUAUGGGCCAAUGAUAAUUGAUAAUAAUAAAACGGCGUAGAAAAGACAUUACUUAACCAAUUUGUGCAAAAACAAAUCAAAACUGGUUGUAUAUUUAAGAAUAAAUAGUUUCUAGGUGCAUAUGUACGUUUUUUUUUUUAUUUACAUACAUAUGUAUGU